GGUGGUAGCUCACCUCCAGGAAGAGACGAUGGUUGGAAUUCUUUCCGUGAUAAUUUUGGCAAGAGGAGACCCCUUUAUGAACACAAUGAAUAUGAGCCUCAGCCCUCACACCUCCAGGAAGAUGACGGAAACAUGGUGAUGAGGCAUGUCCAGGAGGACCCCAAAGUAAGACGCUCUGCCUAUAACAUCCGAGGCAACAGGAGGAGAGUGACAUGGCACAGUGGAGGCCAUGUCCAUAUUACUGUGUGCAGAAAUAGAGACCCUCUGGAGAGAGAAAUGGGGGAGAACACAGAAGAUGAACCCCCAGGGAGCUGGUUCAAGGUCACUAUUCCUUAUGGGAUACACUAUGACAAGACAUGGCUGAUGAACUCAAUCCAGAGGCAUUGCAGUGUCCCGUUCACUCCAGUGGAUUUCCACUACGUGGGAAAUAUGGCUCGAUUCUUUGUCCAGGAAGCCAGCACUGCCUCUGCCUUGAAGGGUGUCAGCUACAAGAUUUAUGACCAGGAGGGCCGAAAGGUGUGUAUGCCUAUCUUUGUCAACACCUCUGCUGUUCCCUACUCUGUGCAGAAUAAGUUGGAGCCAGAAGAAAUGGAGCAGCUAAAGCUGACCUUGAACAAACGGUAUGAUGUCUUCCAGCAAGCUCUUGACCUCCAGAGGCUCCGCUUUGACCCAGACUUGGUGGGCCAUGAUAUUGAUAUAAUUCUGAGUCGAAGAAACUGCAUGGCUGCCACCCUGCAGAUCAUCGAAAAGAAUUUCCCUGAGCUGUUGUCCUUGAACUUGAGCAGCAACAAACUGUACCGGCUGGAUGGCCUGUCUGACAUUAUACAGAUGGCCCCCAUGGUCAAGAUCCUGAACCUCUCCAACAAUGAGCUGCAGUCUGUGUGGGAGUUGAGAAAGAUGAAAGGGCUGAAGCUUGAAGAGCUGUGGCUAGAAGGGAACCCAUUGUGUGGCACCUUCCCAGACCAGGCCACCUACGUAAGUGCCAUCCGGGAUUGUUUCCCCAAGCUGUUACGCCUGGAUGGCCAGAAGUUACCCUCACCAAUUAUCAUUGACAUUGACACUCCUUCUGUAAUAAAGCCCUGCAAGGAAAGCUAUAAAGGAUCUGAGACAUUGAAGAGUAUUAUCCUCCAAUUCCUGCAGCAGUAUUACUUUAUCCAUGACUACGGAGACCGAAAGCGUCUCCUGGGUGCUUAUCACGAGGAGGCCUGCUUCUCUCUGACCAUUCCCUUCCAACCAGAGGACCCAGCCCCAAGCAGCUUGGGUGAGUACUUCAAGGAGAGCAGGAAUAUGAAGAACCUCAAGGACCCCCACCUGCGGGUCCAGCUGCUGAAGCACAGGAGAGGUGACAUUGUGCGCGCCCUCUGUGUGUUGCCCAACACUCAGCAUGACCUCAGCUCCUUCCUGGUAGACAUGUGGUUCCACACGGAAACGAUGCUCUGCUUCUCUGUCAGUGGUGUGUUCAAGGAAGUGGAAGGAAGUCCUCAGGGCUGUGUGCGUGCCUUCACCCGAACCUUCAUCGCUACCCCUGGCAGCUUUUCCAGUCUUUUCAUCGUGAAUGACGAGCUAUUUGUGAGGGAAGCCAGCCCUAAAAAGACCCAGAGCACAUUUUCCAUCCCAGUACCUACACCCUCCACCAGCUUCAUGCCCACUUUCUCCAGCGAGCAGCAGCAAAUGGUACAAGCUUUCUCCACUCAGUCUGGGAUGAACCUCCAGUGGUCUCAGAAGUGCCUUCAGGACAACGAAUGGAACUACACCAGAGCUGGUCAGGUCUUCAGUAUGCUCAAGACUGAGGGCAAGAUCCCAGAGGAGGCCUUCAAAGAAAUCCCCUAA